CCGGUGCCGCGCAUGCGCAGUGCUAUACAUGAACCGCUAACGGGACUGUAAAGAUAGCCAACUGCUAGCUCAAGAAAGCAGCUAGUUACACACAAAACGUACGUCGAAAUGUUUCAGAGAAAAUUGACAGCGCUAGACUAUCACAAUCCCAGCGCGUUCGACUGCACAGAUGACACCCAGUACAGGAACUGCGUGGUGUGGCUGGAGGACCAGAAGAUCCGACAUUAUAAGAUCGAAGACCGAGGAAACCUGAGGAACAUCCCGAGCUCCGACUGGCCCGAGGCCUACCAGAAGUAUCUGCAGGACCUGAACUGUCCAUUUGGGGUUCAGGAGAAGCAGGAGUCAGUGGACUGGUUAAUGGGCCUGGCUGUAAGAUAUGAGUAUGGAGACAAUGUGGACAAGUAUAAGAACUGCGAGCCGCUGGCCGCCUUCAGCAACAGUGCCAUAGCGGUUGUGGACCCUCUCUUCAACCUGGACGGCGAUUCUCCAGAUUUCAAAGCAGGAGUGACGGCUCUGGCCAACAUCCUAAAGAUUCAACGGCACGACGACUACCUGGUGAUGCUCAAGGCUAUUCGUAUCCUGAUCCAGGACAGACUAUCUCCAGAAGCCAUCACCAAAGCCAGCCAGAAACAAGAGGGUAUUCCUGUAGCUUUAGACAAACACGUCUUGGGCUUCGACACUGGAGAUGCCACCCUGAACGAAGCGGCUCAGAUCCUGCGCCUGCUGCACAUCGAGGAGCUGAGGGAGCUCCAGACCAGGAUCAAUGAGGCCAUCGUGGCCGUCCAGGCCAUCAUAGCCGACCCCAAGACGGACCAUAGGCUGGGCAAGGUCGGCAGAUGAGGGCGAGGAUAACAAGGGAGGGACCGCAGGAGUUUUCAUUUGAUUUUGAUGGGGUGGGGGAGAUCUUUGUUGGACAUACAUGAGUUUGUUUUUGUUCUGUAUGAUGUCAGACUGAUGAGAUUUGGGGAGUUCUGGGAGCACACAAGCGUUUUUAAGGCUUACACGUUAAGCGGAUCUCUUCGGACUGAGGUAUCACCGUCUGCUCAUCUCCUCGCUGCCACCGUCUCUCCCUCAAGGGAAACCACACAGAAGCUGGAAAUAUUCAAAACUGACAGUUAUACUUUUGUUUCCAGAUGGAAGAGCAGGUUAUUUUGAAAUGAUUUACUUUUGACGUUUUGUGGGUACACCUAUAAAUACAGAUGAACACA